AUGGCCAUUACAGACACUUUGCCCUGUAGCAUCGUCGCAUACACCAUUGCGAUCAACGCCUGCAGCAAGUCAGCUGAAUGGGAGAGAGGCAUCGCCUUGCUGUAUGGCCUAGAAAUGGCGCUUUUGCAAGCUGAUGUUGUUGCUUACAGUGCGGCGAUCAAUGUUUGCGAAAAGGCCCGCAAGUGGCAACAGGCGUUGCAAGUGCUACAUGUUUCUUUGCAGAAAUCAGUGCGACCGAAUAUUGUAGCCUGUGGCGCUGCAAUUAGUGCAUGUGCAUGCAUAGGAAAGUGGAUGGAAGCAUUGAUGUUGCUGCAUGACAUGCCUGGAUGGCGGGUGCAUCCCAACAUCAUUGCCUUCAACUCUGCAAUCAACGCAUGUGACAAGGCAAUGGAGUGGCGGCAUGCGCUUCUGUUGCUAGAUGAAGCUCAUACACAGACCAUCCAGCUGGACAUGAUAUCCUUCAACGCUACUACCAGUGCAUGUGGCAGAGCAAGCGCGUGGCAGCAGGCAAUUUGUGUUCUUGAUGCUGUUGAAAGUCACGAGCUGCAGCCAAGCCUGAUUACAUUCAAUGCAAGCAUCAGUGCACUUGAGAAAGCUGCUCAGUGGCAGCGUUCACUGAUGCUGCUGUCUGAAGUUGAAGCGCGAAAGCUGCAGCUUAACAUUAUCACGUACACAUCGGCACUGAGUUCGUGUGAAAAGGCUAGUGAAUGGGAGCAAGCAAUGCAGCUCUUUUGCGCAAUGUGUUCGAAGUCCUUGGAACCUAACGUUAUUACUUAUGGUGCAGCUAUCAGUGCCUGUGAAAAGUCAGGGCAGAGCUUCAAAGCAGUGCAUUUGUUGGAGCAAGCGCAAGACACAUUUAUUCGGCCUGACGUAGUCAUGUAUAAUGCUGCCAUCAGUGCAUGCGAGAAAUCUGCGGAUUGGCAAACAGCGUUAGCUCUUCUGUGCCAGACAGAAUCCGCCAGAGUUCAGACCAACGUCAUCACAUUCAAUGCAAGCAUCAGUGCCUGUGAAAAGGCUUCCCAAUGGCAACUUGCACUUUCGCUCAUGAGCGUCCUUGUGAUCAGACGAAUGCAGGCAGAUGUGGUUUCAUACAGCUCCAGCAUCAGUGCCUGUCAGAAGGGUAACCGGUGGCAGGCGGCCGUUUGGCUUUUCAGAGCUCUUCAAUUGGACAGACAAGAAGCACAGGCCAUUACGAUCAACUCCGUGGUGAGCUCCUUGCACAAGCAAGGGAACUGGCUGUGCGCUCUUCAAUUUCUACGGGAAGCUGAUGUCACAGUCAUUGAGCCCAAUAUCAUUACCUAUAGUGCAGCCAUCUCAGUGUGCGCCAGUCCGGCGUGGCAGGAAGCGAUCAAGUUGUUGCUCCAGGUAGAGGACCUGAAGCUGCCCGCAAGCAGUGUCACCUUCGGAGCUGCCACCUCCGCCUGUGAAAAAGCAGGCCACUGGCAAAAGAUCUUAGAGCAUGAUCAUGAACACUCGCAUGUGCUGGGGUGCAAUUCUCAACUCGCUGCCUGUGAGAAGGCGGCUCAAUGGACACAGGCCUUGUCCUUGUGCUCUGGCGCGCGGCGAAGGCUUCUGGAGCCGAACCUCCUGACCUUCAGUGUCACAGUGACCGCUUGUGAAGGAGCUGGCAGGUGGCAAAGGACCUUGGUCUUGGUGGAUGAAAUCGGUGCACAGGCCUUGCUUCCGAGUGUCAUCACAUAUGUUUCUGCAAUCAAUGCAUGUGACGGAGCUCUUACGAGGGCGUUGAUGGCCCGACGGCUCCAGGUGAAGACCCAUCCUGGUUGGAGCAUCGCUGGACAGACCUCGACCAUCUUGGCCAUUUGCCGAUGCUUGGGCACCGACUGCUCCGAGGAGUGGGAGCAGAUCCACAGCCGCAAAGCCAAGGCCCAGUUGACGGAGUACUUCAUCGGCCGCCUGGAGGGCGCCGAGGACGCGACGUCUCCCGCGGCGGCGCGUCAGCUCGCUGCUGGCGGACAACGUGUGGUGGUGCGGAUGGAGGCUGAUGGGAUGAAGAAAGCGGACUACGCCUCUUUGAAGCUCGACCCAGACACCGCCACCCUGGGGAAGCUUCGGCGAUUGCUGCGGAUGGUCUUCCAAAGUCGGUGGCGAAUUUGUGCUCCGCUGGAGGCCAUCGAGAUCUGGAUCGAUGGGACCAGUUGCAAGGAGGAGACCAAGACCUUGAGUCUUUUGCUGGGCGACUUGGACAAACUCUGCUCUCAGCAGUGCAGCAAUUGGAGCGCGCGCCGCUGGGGGUGUCGGAUGCUGCCGGACCCAGAUUUGAAGAAGCGAAGCCAAGAAAUCACCAGCCAUGCGCAAAGGCGGCAAUGGCAGAAAGCACUGGAUAUUUUCCGGGAUGUGAAGCAAGGUGGCCAGGCAGAUGUCAUUCUUUACACCACUGCUCUCGGGGCAUGUGGAGGAUGGCGACGAGCUUUGAAGCUGGUGAUGGAAGUGCAAGAGAGCAAGGCCCUGCAGCCCAAUAUCACCACGUUCAGUGCGGCGCUACGCAGUUGCACCCAAGCCGCUCAAUGGAUCGUAGCAUUUCAUUUGCUCGCAGUAGCAACCGGUGGGUCCUUGACGGUCAAUGACAUCACCCUAGGUGCUGCCAUUGGUGCCUGUGGCAAGGGUUUCUUGUGGCAAGACGCACUUGAGCUCCUGCGGCUCUCCUCGAGGUCGACCUUGCGGUUGAAUAUUAUCGGACUAGGAGGGGCCAUCAGUGCUGCGGGAAGAACCGGGGCUGCAAGCUUUGCCGCGAGUGCCUGGCAAACCGCAGUGAGCUUGCUGGAAAGUUGUGUAAUGCAAACACUGCGCCAGAGUACCAUGGCAGUGAAUUCUCUUAUCGAUGCUGACGCGAAGACCAGCCGAUGGCGGGCAACGCUCGACGCGGUUCGCGCCGUUCGAACGACGGUCUUGGAUCUCAUCUCCUGCAGUUCGGCGCUGGCAGCUUGCGGCAAGGGCUUGCGGUGGGAAGAGUCACUGUCACUACUGCGUGGACUAGCGGUCCGACAGCUUGAAGCAAAUACCGUGGCAUACAGUUCUGCAGUUUGUCAGAGGUCAUGGAGAAUGGCGCUGGGGCUACUGGAACGUGCUGCAGGCACAUCCCUAGAAGCUGAUCCAGUGAUUUGUGCGGCUACCAUCAGCGCCUGCGAGCGUUUCGGUCAAUGGACGCAAGCCUUGUCAAUGCACAACAAGUUGCAAGAGGAGCAUCUCGAGGUGGACCUAGUGACUCAAAAUGCCGCCAUCAGUGCCUGCGGGGCUUGGGCUCGGUCCCUGCGACUGCUGGGCCUAACGCUCGGCCUUCAAGCGAACGCGGUCACCUACGGUGCCGCGGUCGACCGCGUCACUUCCGACCGCUGGCCACAGGCCGUGCAGCUGCUCCAUGUGGGGUUAUUCAGGGCUUUGCAAGCCACGGUGGUCACCUACACUUCAAUUAUGGCUCUCGCAAUCCUGUGGCAGCAAAGCCUUCAAAUGUUGCAUCAGCACGUGCUAUCUUCACUAGACCUGGUCACCUGCAAUUCAGCGUUGCAUGCGUUCCAAGGCGCAUCGGCCUGGCUGCAGGCGAUCCACACGCUGAAGUUGAUGGAGGUGCGUCGGGUGCGCCCGGGGGGCAUCUCUCUUAGCUUGGCGUUGACAGCUCAGAAGGGUGUGAUGGAAGCUGUGCCACUGGUUGAUGGGCUAAGUGCAAGCUCGCUUGAUGCUCUGACGAAAAAGCUGCCAUGCGUGGCUCUUUAUCGCAGCGGUUUUUGUCAGACUUUGAGUUUGGAACUCUAUAUAUAUUGUACAUAA